CGGAGUCUGUCUGUAGUCAGGGGACAGAGCCAGCGGCGCGCCAACUCUACAGCCCCGUCACACAGCACAAAGAACCUCCUUUAUUUCAAUCCACGCACUACAUUUACCGGAGCCUCCUCACACACACGCACACAGCAACUCUCUCUCUCUGGUCCCCGGUCAGAACGGACGGUUCGGUAAGGAUCAUGUCUUCUAAUGGCUGUUGUACCGGCGGCGGCGACGUGCUGCAGAUCCAACUCGGGCUGAUUAACGCGGGGAAUAAAUAUCUAACGGCUGAAACCUUCGGUUUUAAAAUCAACGCCUCCGCGCCGAGUCUGAAGAAGAAACAGAUGUGGACGUUGGAGCAGAACACCGGUGACACGGCGGGAGACUCGAGCGGCAGCGUGGUGUUCCUCCGGUCACACCUCGGACGGUAUCUGGGUACGGAUAAAGACGGGAACGUUACCGGGGAGAGCGAGUGUCGAGGUAAAGACUGCAGGUUCGUGUUAACAGCGCAUGAUGACGGCCGCUGGUCGCUGCUCUCUGAGCCCUUCGGGAGGUACCUGGGAGGCAGCGAAGACCGGAUCAGCUGCUUCGCUCAGACAGUAUCAGCAGCAGAGAAGUGGUGUGUCCACCUGGCCAUGCAUCCCCAGGUGAACCUGUUCAGCCUGGCCAGGAAGCGUUAUGCCCACCUGACCUCUAACCCCGACCACUCUGAGGUCUCUAUAGACCGUGACUUCCCGUGGGGGGUGGACUCCCUGGUCACCCUGGUGUUCCUGGACCAACGCUACCACCUGCAGACGUCUGACAACCGCUUCCUGAAGAACGACGGCAGCCUGGAGGCCGCGCCCGACAAGACCACCGGAUACACGCUGGAGUUCCGCUCCGGCAAGGUGGCGUUCAGGGAUUGUUCCGGGCGCUACCUGGCGCCGUCGGGGCCGAGCGGGACCAUGAAGAGCGGGAAGAACAGCCGCUUGGGGAAGGAUGAGAUGUUCUCUCUUGAGCAGAGUCACCCUCAGGUGGUUCUCACCGCCGGCAACGAGAGGAACGUCUCCACCAGGCAAGGCAUGGACCUUUCGGCCAAUCAGGACGAGGAAGGUGACCAGGAAGUGUUCCAGGUGGAGAUGAGUCGUGAGACAGGAAACAGGAAGUGUGCGUUCCGCACCGCUGCAGGGAAGUACUGGACCCUCACCUCCACCGGAGGACUGCAGUGUACCGCCUCUACUAAGUCAUCUAACAGUCAUUUUGAUCUGGAGUGGUGUGAGGGGAAGGUUUCUCUCAAAGCCUCUAAUGGGAAAUACGUUGCCGCCAAGAGGAACGGACAGCUAGCUGCUACCGUCGACAACGCAGGGGAGGCGGAGCAGUUCCUGAUGAAGCUGAUCAAUCGGCCAAUCAUAGUCCUCCGUGGAGAACACGGUUUCAUUGGCUGUCGUAAGGUUGGCACGGGAACGCUGGAUGCUAACCGCUCCUCCUACGACGUCUUCCAGCUGGAGUUUAAAGACGGAGCCUACAGCCUCCGAGAUUCACAGGGGAAGUUCUGGUGCGUGGGGGAGGAGUCCGCAGUGGUGUGCAGCGGGGACACGCCCACCUACUUCCUGUUUGAGCUGUGUGACUACAACAAGAUGGCGGUGCGAGCGCCGGGGGGGCGGUACCUUAAAGGAGACCACGCUGGGGUUCUAAAAGCCAACGCUGAGGGGUUGGACAAUGCAACACUGUGGGAGUACUGACCACCCUAUAAAGUUAACAUACAUCAUUCUGGGUAACAUCAAUUACCCCACUGUAGAAAUCCUUUAAAUAAGUAUCUCUGUCUGUUAUGACUUCACAUGGGCAAAUAGAAUGUAUAGAAUAAAAAGGAACGUUUCAACCUGCCUGAGUCUGAGGGUGGAGUUAACCUUCCAGACAUGGACUCGUAUCAGCUCACCACCCAGGGUUUUUACUUGUGACAUGUAGUUAAAUGCACUAAAGAGGAACCAUGGGUCCAUAAUGAAGAUGCACAUCUUUUAACCUGUCUGUUUUCAGAGGAUAAAGAUACGAACAUUAACAACGUCAUAGUUUAGAACAAUAUAAACAAUAUGGAAGAAAGUGAAAAGGAAUCUACAAGAACCAAAUAUCAGUUCCUAGAAACACAACACUAUGGAACAGUCCUUUCACAAUUCACUUGUUGGUCCACAUGGAAAACUAAAGGCAUUUUCAUGACAGAAGCAAUUACAAUUUAAACAUGCAACUUUAAAAAAGUUUAUAUCACCAAAUGUCGAUUUUAAAUAUUUUCAAAUGAGAGAAUCUUAUUUGAGUCAGAAAAUGAUGUUAGGUAAGAUAUACACUACCGGUCAAAAGUUUGGAAACAUCUACUCAUUCAAGAGUUUUUCUUAUAUUAUUUUUCAUUAUUUUCUACAUUGUAGAAAAGUAGUGAACACAACACAACUAUGAAAUAACACAUAUGGAAUCAUGUAGUAACCAAAAAAGUGUUAAACAAAUCAAAAUAUAUUUUAUACUUGAGAUUCUUCAAAGUAGCCACCCUUUUGCCUUUGCACACUCUUGGCAUUCUCUCAACCAGCUUCACCUGGAAUACCUUUCAACAUAUGCUGAGCACUUGUUGGCUGCUUUUCCUUCACUCUGCUGUCCGACUCAUCCCAAAUCAUCUCAAUUUGGUUGAGGUAGUGGGAUUGUGGAGGACAGGUCAUCUGAUGCAGGACUCCAUCACUCUCCUUGGUAAAUUAGCCUUCACACAGCCUGGAGGUGUGUUGGGUCAUUGUCCUGUUGAAAAACAAAUGAUAGUCCCACUAAUUCCUAACCAGAUGGGAUGGUGUAUCACUGCAGAAUGCUGUGGUAGCCAUACUGGUUAAGUGUGUAUUGAAUUCUAAAUAAAUCACAGACAGUGUUACCAGCAAAGCAUCCCCACACCAUCAACACUUCCUCCUCCAUGCUUCACGGUGGGAACCACACAUGCGAAGAUUAUCAGUUCACCCACACAGUGUCUCACAAAGACAUGGCGGCUGGAACCAAAAAUCUCCAAUUUGGACUCCAGGCCAAAGGACAAAUUUCCACCAGUUGAAUGUCCAUUGCUUGUGUUUGUUUCCCCAAGAACGUCUCUUCUUCUAUUAGUGUCCUUUAGUAGUGGUUUCUUUGCAGCAAUUUGACCAUGAAGGCCUGAUUCAGGCAGUCUCCUCCGAACAGUUGAUGUUGAGAUGUGUCUGUUACUUGAACUCUGUGAAGCAUUUAUUUGGGCUGUAAUUUCUGAGGCUGGUAACGAAUUAAGUUAUCGACUGCAGCAUGGGUAACUCUUAGUCUUCCUUUCCUGUGCCGGUCCUCAUGAGAGCCAGUUUAAUCAUAGCGCUUGAUGGUUUUUGCGACUGCACUUGAAGAAACUUUCAAAGUUCUUGAAAUGUUCUGUAUUGACUGACCUUCAUGUCUUAAAGUAAUGAUGGACUGUUUUUUCUCUUUGCUUAUUUGAGCUGUUCUUGCCAUAAUAUGGACUUGGUCUUUUACCAAAUAGGGAUAUCUUCUGUAUACCACCCCUAACUUGUCACUACACAACUGAUUGGCUCAAACACAUUAAGAAGGAAAGAAAUUCCACAAAUUAACUUUUAACAAGGCACACCUGUUAAUUGAAAUUAAUUCCAGGUGACUACCUCAUGAAGCUGGUUGAGAGAAUGCCAAGAGUGUGCAAAGCUGUCAUCAAGGCAAAGGGGGGUGGGGGGGGGGGUUAUUUUAAGAAUCUGUGAAUUUGUUUAACACUUUUUUGGUUGCUAUAUGAUUCCAUAUGUGUUAUUUCAUAGUUUUGAUGUCUCCACUAUUAUUCAACAAUGUAGAAAAUAGUAAAAAUAAAGAAAAUGAAUGAGUAGGUGUUAAACCUUUGACCGGUAGUGUACUAAACCUUGCAGAGAGCCAAUACAUUCUAUACAUUAGUUUAUACUGGAUUACGUUUAUAUUUUCUUUAACUUUCAUUUAGUUAUGUUCCAACUUUCCCUCCAUCAUGUGCCAACAUCAGUUCUUUUUAAGUCUUGGUUCCAAUAGUUUAUAGUUGUUUUUCUAAGAGAUACAAGAGACAAAAUUCACAACUUCUACAGCACAAACGGCAGAGUCAUGUCUUCAGUGUAAAACUAACAAUGACUCAAUAAUCCAUGCAUUCUGGGAAUGUUAUGAUGUCAUAAAGAUACGGGCGGAGUUGGAACGUUGGCUGUCAGAAGUAUUACAAUGUAAAGUUCCUUUUAAAUCCGUCUGUCUGCAUAUUUCAAGACAUGACAUAUGAGGGGUGUAAUGAGGGACCCAAUUGGGGGGGGAUACUUUACUCGUCAAUGAUUUAGAAGAAAACGUUGACCUAAAAAAAACUGGAAAUCACAUGAUCAUACAUCAUUACAACAGUGGAUGAAUGAAAUAUUGAAAACGUGUGGGCUACGGAGAAACAUUCAACAGUGGAUGAAUCCAAAUGUUUAUUUAAAUAUUGAAAACGUGCGGGCUACGGAGAAACAUUCAACAGUGGAUGAAUCCAAAUGUUUAUUUAAAUAUUGAAAACAUGUGCGCUACGGAGAAACAUUCUACAGUGCCAUUUGAGGCCAUAGAGUUCUACAAGCACUGGAACCUUCCAGGGGAGGACAGAUGAGGGGGGGACAUAUGUGAUGUGUACAGUAGCAGUGGGAACAUGUGGGUCUGAGCAGGUGUGAUGUCAUUGAUGUUUUGGUAACAUCUGUUUAUGGUCUUUGUUUACGCAUGUUGUUAUUGUAAAAUUCUAUUUCAACAUGAAAACACUCACACUUUACAGUUAUAAUUAUACACUUUACAGGUAUACACUUUACAGUUAACACUCACACUUUACAGUUAUAUACUUUACAGUCAACACUCACACUUUACAGUUAUAUACUUUACAGUCAACACUCACACUUUACAGCUAUAUACUUUACAGUCAACACUCACACUUUACAGUUAUAUACUUUACAGUCAACACUCACACUUUACAGUCAACACUCACACUUUACAGUUAUAUACUUUACAGUCAACACUCACACUUUACAGUUAUAUACUUUACAGUCAACACUCACACUUUACAGUUAUACACUUUGCAGUCAACACUCACACUUUACAGUUAUACACUUUACAGUUAUACACUCACACUUUACAGUUAUACACUUUGCAGUCAACACUCACACUUUACAGUCAACACUCACACUUUACAGUUAUACACUUUACAGUCAACACUCACACUUUACAGCUAUACACUUUACAGUUAACACUCACACUUUACAGUUAUACACUUUGCAGUCAACACUCACACUUUACAGUCAACACUCACACUUUACAGUUAUACACUUAACAUUUAACACUCACACUUUACAGUUAUAUACUUUACAGUCAACACUCACACUUUACAGUUAUACAAUUUACAGUUAUACACUCACACUUUACAGUUAAAUGCUCUACAGUCAACACUCACACUUUACAGUUAUAUACUUUAUAGUCAACACUCACACUUUACAGUUAUAUACUUUACAGUCAACACUCACACUUUACAGUUAUAUACUUUACAGUCAACACUCACACUUUACAGUUAUAUACUUUACAGUUAUACACUCACACUUUACAGUUAACACUCACACUUUACAGUUAUAUACUUUACAGUCAACACUCACACUUUACAGUUAUAUACUUUACAGUUAUACACUCACACUUUACAGUUAACACUCACACUUUACAGUUAACACUCACACUUUACAGUCAACACUCACACUUACAGUCAACACUCACACUUACAGUCAACACUCACACUUUACAGUUAUACACUUUACAGGUAUAUACUUUACAGUUAUACACUUUACAGUUAUACACUUUACAGUUCACACUCAUAGUUAACACUCAAACAUCAAAACAUCAAUAUACACACAUAGUGCCACAUUAUAUUUGGCUCUGUUGUAUCAAGGGCACUAUAGUUUCCUAAUGUCCCUGGGCCGAUACGGCUGUAUAUGGGGCUACAUAUAGGGGACGGCUGUAUAUGGGGCUACAUAUAGGGGCUAUACCCCAAACUGGAAAUGAUCACAUCUGGAAUGCUAUAGGUUCACUCUCUGCCUUAACUGAGUCAGCUGGGAUCUGAAAACAGAGACAGAACGUUACUCAUCUGUCUGCACUAUUAACCAUCUCAGAGACAAGACGUUUCUCAUCUGUCUGAACUAUUAACCAUCUCAGAGACUGAACGUUCCUCAUCUGUCUGAACUCUUAACCAUCUCAGAGACUGAACGUUCCUCAUCUGUCUGAACUCUUAACCAUCUCAGAGACUGAGCGUUCCUCAUCUGAACUCUUAACCAUCUCAGAGACUGAACGUUCCUCAUCUGAACUCUUAAACCAUCUCAGAGACUGAACGUUCCUCAUCUGAACUCUUAACCAUCUCAGAGACUGAACGUUCCUCAUCUGAACUCUUAAACCAUCUCAGAGACUGAACGUUCCUCAUCUGAACUCUUAACCAUCUCAGAGACUGAACGUUCCUCAUCUGAACUCUUAACCAUCUCAGAGACAGAACGUUCCUCAUCUGUCUGCACUAUUAACCAUCUCAGAGACAAGACGUUUCUCAUCUGUCUGCACUAUUAACCAUCUCAGAGACUGAACGUUCCUCAUCUGAACUAUUAACCAUCUCAGAGACUGAACGUUUCUCAUCUGUCUGAACUAUUAACCCUCUCAGAGACUGAACGUUUCUCAUCUGAACUAUUAACCCUCUCAGAGACUGAACGUUCCUCAUCUGUCUGAACUAUUAACCAUCUCAGAGACUGAACGUUUCUCAUCUGUCUGAACUAUUAACCCUCUCAGAGACUGAACGUUCCUCAUCUGAACUAUUAACCAUCUCAGAGACUGAACGUUCCUCAUCUGUCUGAACUAUUAACCAUCUCAGAGACUGAACGUUCCUCAUCUGUCUGAACUCUUAACCAUCUCAGAGACAAGACGUUCCUCAUCUGAACUCUUAAACCAUCUCAGAGACAAGACGUUCCUCAUCUGUCUGAACUCUUAAACCAUCUCAGAGACAAGACGUUCCUCAUCUGUCUGAACUCUUAACCAUCUCAGAGACUGAGCGUUUCUCAUCUGAACUAUUAACCAUCUCAGAGACUGAACGUUCCUCAUCUGUCUGAACUCUUAACCAUCUCAGAGACUGAACGUUACUCAUCUGAACUCUUAAACCAUCUCAGAGACUGAACGUUCCUCAUCUGAACUCUUAACCAUCUCAGAGACUGAACGUUCCUCAUCUGAACUCUUAACCAUCUCAGAGACAGAACGUUCCUCAUCUGUCUGCACUAUUAACCAUCUCAGAGGCAAGACGUUUCUCAUCUGAACUCUUAACCAUCUCAGAGACAAGACGUUUCUCGUCUGAACUCUUAAACCAUCUCAGAGACUGAACGUUCCUCAUCUGAACUCUUAACCAUCUCAGAGACUGAACGUUCCUCAUCUGAACUCUUAACCAUCUCAGAGACAAGACGUUUCUCAUCUGUCUGAACUCUUAAACCAUCUCAGAGACUGAACGUUCCUCAUCUGAACUCUUAACCAUCUCAGAGACAAGACGUUUCUCAUCUGUCUGAACUCUUAAACCAUCUCAGAGACUGAACGUUCCUCAUCUGAACUCUUAACCAUCUCAGAGACAAGACGUUUCUCAUCUGUCUGAACUCUUAAACCAUCUCAGAGACUGAAUGUUCCUCAUCUGAACUCUUAACCAUCUCAGAGACAGAACGUUACUCAACUGUCUGAACUCUUAAACCAUCUCAGAGACAAGGCGUUUCUCAUCUGUCUGAACUCUUAACCCUCUCAGAGACAAGGCGUUUCUCAUCUGUCUGAACUCUUAACCCUCUCAGAGACAAAGGCUGGGGAUCCAUGAUUAGAGGGGAAUCACCCACGUGUUGUCCCAGGUUUAAAUCAAGCCCUUAUUAGAGAGGAAUCACCCACGUGUUGUCCCAGGUCUAAAUCAGGCCCUGAUUAGAGGGGAAUCACCCAUGUGUUGUCCCAGGUUUAAAUCAAGCCCUUAUUAGAGAGGAAUCACCCACGUGUUGUCCCAGGUCUAAAUCAGGCCCUGAUUAGAGGGGAAUCACCCGCGUUUUGUCCCAGGUCUAAAUCAGGCCCAUAUUAGAGGGGAAUCACCCACGUGUUGUCCCAGGUCUAAAUCAGGCCCUGAUUAUAGGGGAAUCACCCACGUGUUGUCCCAGGUCUAAAUCAGGCCCUGAUUAUAGGGAAAUCGCCCACGUUUUGUCCCAGGUCUAAAUCAGGCCCAUAUUAGAGGGGAAUCACCCACGUGUUGUCCCAGGUCUAAAUCAGGCCCUGAUUAUAGGGGAAUCACCCACGUGUUGUCCCAGGUCUAAAUCAGGCCCAGAUUAGAGGGGAAUCACCCACGUGUUGUCCCAGGUCUAAAUCAGGCCCUGAUUAUAGGGGAAUCACCCACGUGUUGUCCCAGGUCUAAAUCAGGCCCUGAUUAUAGGGGAAUCGCCCACAUGUUGUCCCAGGUCUAAAUCAGGCCCUGAUUGUAGGGAAAUCGCCCACGUGUUGUCCCAGGUCUAAAUCAGGCCCUGAUUAUAGUGGAAUCGCCCACGUGUUGUCCCAGGUCUAAAUCAGGCCCUGGUUAUAGGGGAAUCGCACACGUGCUGUCCCAGGUCUAACUCAGUCCCUGAUUAUAGGGGAAUCGCCCACGUGUUGUCUCAGGUCUAAAUCAGGCCCUGAUUAUAGGGGAAUCGCACACGUGCUGUCCCAGGUCUAAAUCAGGCCCUGAUUAUAGGGGAAUCACCCACGUGUUGUCCCAGGUCUAAAUCAGGCCCUGAUUAUAGGGGAAUCGCCCACGUGUUGUCCCAGGUCUAACUCAGGCCCUGAUUAUAGGGGAACAAUGAUAAAAGCAGCAGAACUGUCUUCCCAGGGCCAGAGUUGAAUUUGAGGAUUACAGGGAAAAGGAUGCCAUUUCGAACACACCCAUAAUAUUUCUAAACCAUCUCUUCCUCUGGCUGCUAACCUGGGGAGUCCAACAGCGUCUAACUGAGUCACACUAACUGGCUAUAAUGAUUAUUAUAAUAACUGGCUAGAACCAUGGAACCAGAGUUUAGAACUGGUUAGAACCAUAGAACCAUCAUUGAGAACUGGUUAGUACUGGCUAGAACCAUGGAACCAUAGUUGAGAACUGGCUAGAACCAUGGAACCAUAGUUGAGAACUGGUUAGAACUGGCUAGAACCAUAGUUUAGAACUGGUUAAAACCAUAGAACCAUGCCUGUCUGUCUGUCUGGCCUAGGUUCUAAUACGCUACAGGGAUCUCUAUGCACCCUGACAAGAACACACAGCUGUGAUGCGAUUCGGAGGUUGACAUUAAUAAGGAUUCUAGAGAAAACAUGAUGAUCUGAACCAUGUGUGUCUGUGAUGUAAUACACGUCUUUGUGAUGACGAAGAGCACAACUCUUUAUUGAUGAAACACUCGCCUGUCUGAACCUCUGCGUAGUCUAAUAUCGGGGCGCUGCUAUUGGCCCGUGAGCACAAAGGGGGAAAUCCGAUUGGUUGUGGCGGUGCUUUGCUUGGUUUUCUAUGUAACUCUGUUUCUUUUCAUAAUGUGGCAUUUGUAUUUCAACUUAAAGCCCAAUAAAACUUCACAGUGUAAAAAGUU